AAAGAAAGGAAAGAAAGAAGGAAGAAGGUGAUGGCUGCAGGCUGCACGCCUCCUGUUCGGGCAGAAGCUCCUUGCUUUUCCAGCGACCCCAGCCAGAUCCCGGCGCAGCUGAAGGGCGCCAGGGUGGUUAAAAAUAGCUUCCGAAGAAACGGGGUUUUCUGGGUAUUUGGGUCAGCUGAAAUAUUCUGGCUCUUGUCAGGCCGCCUACCCUUCCCUCAACACCAAGCGCUUGAGUGCAAGUCCAUGCAUACCACGCCUGCAAUCAACUGCCCAUCUCAAAUGAAGCGCCACUCACUGACUCGCUGUAUGGCCAAGGCGUUGCUGGGCCCUGUUAAUCAACCCUCAAAACCCUCGUCUGGAAGCACACUUGCUUUUUUAGCUUAGUGUAUUAAAAUGGUGGAGCCGGCUGAAUCUGUGCGGUUGUUACCGUUGUUGGUGUUAUUCCCCGACAGCUGCUCCGCACUUCAAAGCACUGGGGAUGCCUGAAGUGGAAAGUGAAAGAGAAGAAAGAGGAAGGAAAGGCAACCUGGAUUUAAUGAUGGUGGCAGCAGCCAAGCCUGCAGUGUCUUUUUUCCUUUCUGUCGACAGACCAGAAGAGAGCACGGGCAAGGCACCAAGUAUCUGCCAUCGGCUGGAGCUAGCUGCCUCAAGGUGCGUGGAAAAGCAGCAGCUCAAGCACAGGACGAUGUAUUCGCAGGACAGCAGCCAAAACGCUCUGCACUGCAGCAGAGGCACACAAAGCAUCACCGUGAGCUCCAAGUCGAGACUGCAUUGAAGGAAUGAAGCAGCCCAAACCUUUGGGCUAUCAGUUCUGUGGGCUACAGGAGCUGUUGUCCCCUGGCCUCAUGACAGCCACAUGCACCUGCACCUUGUGCUAUGUAGCUUCAGUACCCAGCUGGGUGCUGUGCAAACCAAGUAAAGCGUGCUUCUGCUACUGGUAUUGCCGACCGCGGCUUGGAAUAUACGAGAAUAGCACCUGAGGGUGCUGUUCCUGGCUUUUCUCAUUGCUUGCUUGGGCAUCUUGCGCAACUCACCUCAUCGCACCCUGCCAGAGGUUCCUUGGCAGCACCGUGUCCCUCCCUCCGCUCAAGUUGCUUUGUACCCAUGGAUGAAAUGUCUUACUUGGGGCUCAUGUAUGGUUAUUCUGGGCUGGGAGCAAAUUCAGAGGGCCUCAGUGUUUUGUGGCCCACCACUAAAUAACUCAGUCCUCAGCACCUGUCAGUCUUCAAGAGCAGGCAGAGGGAUCCUUCUUGGAAGCUGGAAUUCUGGAGCAUGGCUGGGCAGAAAGGUGCAAACCAGGCAGCAAAUUCAAAAAAUUUCACAUCUCCUACUAGAACAAUAGUUACCUGAUUACUCCUUGUACUCAUGUUGGGCCUGGACAUCCCAUCUCCUCUCUUAGGAAGCACUCAGUUCUCGUUUUAGGGCUUUCCCGUUGCCCAGCUUACAGACAGGGCCGGGAGCUGCGGAACAGCCCCCAGCUGAACCUGGCAGCUGCAGCACUUGCUUUUCCAAACGACAACUACAAUUCCCUCAGGAUCCCACAUUUGACUCCCCAGAUUCCGAUCAUAAAAACGGGAAAGUUACCAAAAAAUCCCACGAAGAUUCCAAAGCCCUUUUUAAAAUUAUUUUUCGCUUUGGAGCGCACCCCCCCGGGAGCCCGCCAGGGGUCGCUGAGGGGCCUUCCCCGGCCGCCAUUUUCCGGCCGGGUGCGCGCAUGGCGGCGGCGCCGGGCGCCUCCCGGGAGCUGCUGGCCGCGGGGCGCCGCCCAGGGCUAGAAGAAACAUUACUGAUUAGUUCAAAACGUAGCAGUAAGAAGGCCACAACUUUACAGACGGUUAGGAUGCCAAGGAGUAAUGUUUUGGACAGAGUACAGAGCUUUUUACCACAGAUGGCGCAUGCAAAUGAUGAGCUAAGAAGAAAAAUGGUAACAGCACCAGCUCAUCAAUUUGAUAUUGAAAAUCUAGAUGACACCACAGAAAAAGUUAUAGAAAUGAAUGUGGCAGUAGUUGAACUGAGUGGCUCUGAUACGGAUGAGGAGAUACUAACUUCAGAAGAUGACUUGGAAUCUGGAGAUGACUGUACAACUGAUGAAGUGACAAUACACAACAUUAAGUUCCCUAAACAAAAGGGAGAAAAGGGCAAAAUAGAAAUUUUGGACAGCAAAGUGAAUGAGUAAAUCCAUUUUUAUUUUACUUUUUUUUAAAAGAAAAAACAAACAAACUGUUUUCUUUCUUUGACAAUUUGGCCCUUAAAACUACCGUGUUUUUUGCAUCACCAAUGUGACGCAAAAUGUGACACUUCCCAGGAUCACAUAAAAUGCUAUAGUUUACAUAGAGGAAAAUUCAGGAUCUACUCAUGACUCUGAGGCAAGCUGCAUCUCUGAAGAUUGAGUACUGUCUUAUUCAUCAAACAAAAUGGAAAUUCCAAGCUUCAUCAUGAGGUUAGACAAAGAAAGUGGCUAGAAUUUGGGGCACUUGAACAGGAAGGCGUGCUGCAGAGCUAUUUAAGAACUGUUGCUUUGUUGAAUAAAGAUUUUUGUAGUGUGCUUAAAAUAAAUAUUCGCUUCAAGGGGAGGAAAGAGGUAACUAGGAGAAAAAUAUUUUAUUUCUUUUAUAUGGUGUCCUGUGAAAUGUUAUGUACUGUCUUCAGUAUUAAACGUUACCUUAAAG